GGCAUCCACUGCAACGAUAAGUAAACCGAGUACCGCCAAUAUAAGAGUUGAAGACCAUCGACCAUCCUCCCCAUCCACCACUCAACCUUUCUUCACUCAGAGACACGCCAGACGAGCACAACACAGCAGCUAGCCCAUGGCGGCGGGAAGCCGAACCCCCCACGUCGCUAUCCUCUCAAGCCCCGGCAUGGGCCACCUCAUCCCCCUCGCCGAGCUCGCCAAGCGCCUCGUCCUCCACCACGGCUUCGCCGCCACCUUCAUCACGUUCUCUGACUUCUCCUCCCCGGCGCAAGAUGCCUUCCUCAACUCCCUUCCCCCUGGCCUCUCCUCCCUCUCACUCCCCCCCGUCUCCCUUGACGACCUCCCGGCCGAUGCCCGCAUCGAGACCCGCCUCUGCCACGUCAUCGCCCGCUCCGUCCCCCGCCUCCGCGACAUCCUCGCCACCCUCAAAGCCACCACCCCCCUCGCCGCCUACGUCAUCGACAUAUUCGGCUUCGACACCCUCUGCAUCGCCAAAGAGCUCGGCGUUCCCCACUACAUGUACCGCACCACCAACUUCACGGUGCUCUCCCUCCUGUUCUACGUGCCCACCCUUCACCGGACCACCUCAUGCGAGUACCGGGACCUCGCCGAGCCGGUCGUCCUCCCUGGGUGCGCGCCCAUCAGGGGAGAGGACCUUCUGGACGCCAUGCAAGACCGGACCAACGAGGCCUACACGUGGCUCCUCCACAUCUCCGAGCGUUCAAGAGAGGCCGAGGGAAUUCUGGUGAACAGUUUCGUGGAGAUGGAACCGGUGGCCUCCAGGAUUCUCAUGGAGAACGAACCGGGGAGGCCGCCGGUCUGGCCGGUCGGGCCGCUAAUCCGGGCCGGUUCGAACGACGGCGAGGAGAAUUGCUCCGAGUGCUUGGAGUGGUUAGACCGUCAACCUAGUGGGUCGGUUUUAUUCGUCUCUUUCGGGAGUGGUGGGACCCUGUCCAUGGAGCAGCUGAGGGAGGUGGCCUUUGGGCUGGAGAUGAGUGGGACCCAGUUCCUGUGGGUGGUCCGGUGUCCGAGCGACACGGGGGCUUAUGGGGCCUUCUUUGGCGACAAUGGUGCUGAGGACCCACUCAACUAUUUGCCGGAAGGGUUCUUGGAGAGGACCAAGGGGUCCGGUUUGGUGGUCCGGUUCUGGGCUCCACAGGUUGAAGUGCUGAGCAACGGUUCGACCGGGGGUUUCUUGACUCACUGCGGGUGGAACUCGACCCUGGAGAGCGUAGUCCACGGUGUGCCUAUGAUUGCCUGGCCGCUGUACGCCGAGCAGAAAACGAACGCAGUGAUGCUGUCGGAGACCGUGAAGGUGGCGAUGAGGCCGGAGGUUGGGAAGGACGGCGUGGUCCGGAGGGAGGAGAUAUCGAGGGUGGUGAAAGAAUUGAUGGAGGGGGAGGGAGGGAAGGCGGCGAGAGACAGGAUGGCCGAGCUCCGGGAGGCGGCGGCCAGGGCCUUGACGGAGGAGGGAUCGUCUUACAAGGCGCUCGCCGAGGUGGCUGGAAAAUGGAAAGCUGGAAUAGCCGCGUGAAAACCGGAUGGCGUUUAAUUUCUUUGUCUGCUUGCACUUUUGUCGAGCAAUAAAAUAAAACUGUUUCCUCAGUUUU